UGGUUUAUUCCACAAAACUAAAUGUAUAUACUAGUCUUGACCGUUAUAAUAUAUAAACCCAGCAGUGCUAGCUAAUAGUGGUGGGUGUUCUCACUUCCCUAUAUCCGCGUCAGAGUCAGCUGACAGAAGAGGCUCUUUGAAGCGGUCGACAUCUUGAAUUGGAAUAAGAAAGUGAUAUAAAAACCUUGAUCUUAACCAUACUGUUUAAAAAGUAUUGCUUUCAGGACACGUAGCAAAGUCUUGUGAUCUAAACGGGCCUGUGCAUCUUCAGUCAUCCUCAUGGCCUGUUAUGACUGAGAGGCUGCCAUCAUGAUUGGAGGAUUGUUCAUCUACAACCACAAGGGGGAGGUGCUGAUCUCCCGCGUCUACCGCGAUGACAUAGGGCGCAAUGCGGUGGAUGCGUUCCGCGUGAACGUGAUCCAUGCACGGCAGCAGGUGCGCUCACCGGUCACCAACAUCGCUCGCACCAGCUUCUUCCACGUCAAGCGCUCCAACAUCUGGCUGGCGGCGGUCACCAAGCAGAAUGUUAACGCCGCCAUGGUGUUCGAGUUCCUCUACAAGAUGUGCGAUGUCAUGACAGCCUACUUCGGCAAGAUCAGCGAGGAGAACAUCAAGAACAACUUUGUGUUAAUCUACGAGCUGCUGGACGAGAUCCUGGACUUUGGCUACCCCCAGAACUCGGAAACUGGCGCACUGAAGACCUUCAUCACUCAAACGGGCAUCAAGAGCCAGCACCAUUCCAAGGAGGAGCAGUCUCAGAUCACCAGUCAGGUGACUGGGCAGAUUGGCUGGCGUCGCGAGGGCAUCAAGUACCGUCGCAACGAGCUCUUCCUGGAUGUACUGGAGAGCGUCAACCUGCUGAUGUCUCCACAAGGCCAGGUGCUGAGCGCCCACGUCUCAGGCCGCGUGGUGAUGAAAAGCUACCUGAGCGGCAUGCCGGAGUGCAAAUUUGGCAUGAACGACAAGAUCGUCAUCGACAAACAGGGCAAGGGGGGCGCCUCCGAGGAGGCGGCGGGCAAAAGUGAUUUGGGGGGCAGUGGCGGUGGUGGCGGUAAGCAAUCCAUAGCCAUUGACGACUGUACAUUCCACCAGUGUGUGCGUCUCAGCAAGUUUGACGCUGAGCGCAGCAUCAGCUUCAUUCCUCCGGACGGAGAGUGUGAGCUCAUGAGGUACCGCACCACCAAGGACAUCAUCCUACCCUUCCGUGUCAUCCCCCUUGUCAGGGAGGUGGGCCGCACCAAGCUUGAAGUCAAGGUGGUCAUUAAGUCCAACUUCAAGCCCUCGCUUCUGGCUCAGAAAAUUGAGGUGCGCAUCCCCACCCCUCUCAACACCAGCGGGGUCCAGGUGAUCUGCAUGAAGGGCAAGGCCAAGUACAAGGCCAGCGAGAAUGCCAUCGUCUGGAAGAUCAAGCGUAUGGCAGGGAUGAAGGAGUCUCAGAUCAGUGCCGAGAUCGAGCUGCUGCCCACCAACGACAAGAAGAAGUGGGCGCGCCCUCCCAUCUCCAUGAACUUUGAGGUGCCAUUUGCUCCGUCCGGGCUCAAGGUGCGCUACCUGAAGGUGUUCGAGCCCAAGCUGAACUACAGUGACCACGACGUCAUCAAAUGGGUGCGCUACAUCGGCCGCAGCGGCAUCUACGAGACACGCUGCUAACCGCCCCCUCGCAAUCGGGUGGAAAGAGCGGUGCAACAGGGAGGAGGGAGCGAAAGACAACAACAUGGGAUCAAGACGACAGCAUGGGAUCGCUACCUUCCCAUCGAUUCUGUUUUUUCCCAUGGGCUGGCUGACAAAGGAAAACAAAUUUAAAAAACAGGACCAUGCUUUCAAAAGUGUUGAAAAUUAUGAAAUUAUUAAACACAUAAAUGUAUAGAUAAUGCAAACGUCCUGUGGAGUACAAAAAAUACCAUCUGCAUCUAAAGGGUCUUUGACCUCUUAAUCUAAACAAAAAAUCCAUUCCACCCCUAUGAAAUGUCGUUUCUUCAUAUAGUACUACUGAGCAGAACAACAUAGGGCUCUGGUCAAAUUAAAGCCACAAGUUACAUUACCAUAGUUGUCUACUAUUCCUGUUCUACCCAUCUAUUCCUCAUGUCACUGAAUUAGUGGAUGACUGUACGCCUUGCCAAUAACCACAGAUCUGACCAUGUGUCAUUGGCUUAGGGGUAACUGCUACCCUCCCUCUCUUGAUGCUGGUGUAGUAGUGUGUGUGUCGCUCUUCUGUUUUCCUGUCCUACCUCUCUCUCCCCAGCCCUGCCCCUGUAUCUGUAUAUCCAACCGGUGGAGUCCCUCUUUAGCCUAGUGUGUAGUUUGCAGCAGUAUGCAGUGUAGAUGCAUCCAUUAAGUGUCAUGCCAUUUUCAAUCCAUUUUAUACGUUUUGUUUUUGUAACACCCCGCCUUCCCUUUAGUAUAUUAGUGAUGAAUCGUCUUGUGUUUUUGUAUUUAGUGCUUUGUCGUGCUUCUCUAAAGCUCUCUGGCCCCCAUUCCAUCGUGCUCACUGUCUUUUCCUACACUCAAGUCCUCUACUAUUUCCAAUAGCUGUGAGUUAGUGUUAUUGUCAUUUAUGAUUCCUCUAUUUACGCAGAUAUAAUAAUGAAGAUUUUUUAUCUGUGGUUCCUGUUGUUUUCUGUCUAAGUGCUGCACAUUUCUAUAUUGUAUGAAUCGAGCAGAGCCAGUUGUUACGGUCUCAAGAGUCUGCUGUUAGUGACAGUGUCUGUUUAGGAGACUCAGUUGAGCAGAUCUCUGUGUGUGUCUGUGUUGCUAUUCUUCCCCAGGACCAUGUUCUGCUCAACAUCUUUUAGGAGUCUGGAAUUCUCACCCUCCCAUACGCUUUACUUUAGCAUGGGUGUAUUUCUUGUCCAGUUAAAGGGAUAGUUCACCUAAAUUACACUGGCAUUGGUUUCCUUACCCUGUAAGCCAGUCUAUGGACAAGGUAUGACAACCAACAUGCUUUGGUUUACUUUCCCUGGCACUGUUUUCACGUGCUAACGUUUUAGCAUUUUUAGCACAAAUCUCAUUCAAGUCAUGGGACCAAUAUUGGCAUUUGUCAUGCAUCAUGUUCAUACAUUUGGACAUGAUGAAUACGAAUUUGUUCUGACUUUUGUUCUGACUAACUGACUUGCCUAGUUAAAUAAAGGUCAAUUUUGGUCAUUUUAACAUCUUGACCAUGUUCUGUUAUAAUAUCCACCCGGCACAGCCAGAAGAGGACUGGCCACCCCUCAUAGCCUGGUUCCUCUCUAGGUUUCUUCCUAGGUUUUGGCCUUUCUAGGGAGUUUUUCCUAGGGAGUUUUUCCUAGCCACCGUGCUUCUUUCACAUGCAUUGCUUGCUGUUUGGGGUUUUAGGCUGGGUUUCUGUACAGCACUUUGAGAUAUCAGCUGAUGUACGAAGGGCUAUAUAAAUACAUUUGAUUUGCUUUGUUAGAUUAAAAAAAUAUGCGUAAAAAUUGCUAAUAUCAGUCCCAAGACUUCAAUGGGACUUGUGGCCCAAAUGCUAAAAUGUUAGCAUGUAGCAACGGUGCCAGGGAAACUAAACCAAAGCAUGGCUUGCUCUCCUACCUUGUCUAAAGACUGCUUACAGGGUAAGAAAACCAAAUCGUAAUUUGGGGGAACUAGCCUUUUAAGCUUCAAUAAACCGCUAUACUCCAUGUGCACUGAUUCCCCCACCCGUACAAAAAUAUUGUUUACAACUUCAUUUUGAAAUCCGUUUAAUGAAGGGGUUUGGAUUUAUGGAACAAUGGUGUGUGUUACCAGAGAGCAAGAGAUGAACUGCGUCCCAAAUGGCUCCAUAUAUAGUACAUUACUUUUAGUCUCGAUCCCAAAUGGCACCCUGAGUGCUCAACUCCUCUCAGCCUACUAGACUGCAUUUCAAAUUAACAUUUUAAAACAUUCCACAUUUUCACUGAGUGCGGGUUGAGAUAGCAUUCCUCUUCCUCCCAUAUUCCUUCUACUUCCAUCAUGGCUUUUGUGUGUAUUAAACAAAGGCUAUCAGAUUGUCUGAGCAGUUGCAACAAACACUGAGUGACACUACAAAGUUUCCAUUCUCUUUUUCUCUGUCACUACAUUCUACUAAUUAACACUAAAAUUGGUUCUGCUAACUUCUGAAAAACCCUAUCUCUCUGGCUGUCUGUAAUGGCACACUAUUCCCAAAACCCCAUGGGUCCUGGCCAAAAGUAGUGCACUAUAUAGGCAAUAGGGUGCCAUUUCAGACCUAGUCUCUUUCUCUGGUCAAUGCCCACUAUGUCAUGCCACACCCUGAGAGAUGGGGAGGGAGAGUCCUGGGGGCUUGCCCCCUCCGCUUCAAUGUUUCAAUGGGCUCCAUUUGGUAACUUUGUGACUGUCAAGGUAAUCCCAAUAAAAAGAAAGGUGUAACCAAUGGAA